UUACUUUGGGUGGCAGCAAAACUCUGAGCGCCAUGGAUGUAUCUGUCCACAUUGGCAGCUUCAGGGCAGUCGCCCUCUUUUUCUUCCUCCUGAAUUUGGUCUGUGCCUUGGUGGACACUGAUGAUGUUCUAACCAAAGAAGAGCAGAUUUAUUUGCUGAAUCAAGCUAAAAUAGAAUGUCACAAGCAGAUAAAUGCCCAGGAGGAGAGAAUCCAAGAAGGUCACUGUUCGCCUGAAUGGGAUGGAAUUAUUUGCUGGCCUGAGAGUUCCCCAAAUGAAAAAGUGGCAGUCUUGUGUCCGGACUAUGUCUAUGACUUCAACCAUAAUGGUCAUGCCUUCAGAUACUGUGAAACCUAUGGCAACUGGCAGUUGGUACCCAACACGAACAAGACAUGGGCCAAUUACACAGAAUGCGCCAUAUUCUUCGCCCCAGAAAGACAGAAGCAAGAAAAGGAAGUGUUUGACCGUCUGCGCGUCAUCUACACUGUGGGCUACUCAAUUUCUCUUGCCUCUCUUGUGGUUGCCAUGUGCAUCCUCUGCUACUUCAAGCGACUUCACUGCACUCGGAAUUACAUCCACCUCCACCUCUUUGCCUCUUUCAUCUGCCGAGCUAUCAGCAUCUUUGUGAAGGAUAUUGUGUUGUACUCCAGUCCAAGAUCAGAAGGGCUGCACAAGGCACCAUACAGCGACUGGAAUGCUGAAGAGUUGAGUCUCACUUUGGGACCCAGGACCCAGUUGGCAGGCUGCAAGAUAGCUGUGACCAUCUUCCUCUAUUUCCUGGCUACCAAUCACUAUUGGAUUUUAGUGGAAGGCCUCUACCUCCACAGCUUGAUCUUCAUGGCUUUCCUCUCGAACAAAAACUACCUGUGGGUCCUUACUCUCAUUGGGUGGGGGGUGCCUGCUGUUUUUGUGUCGGUCUGGGCCAGCAUAAGAGCAUCUCUGGCUGAUACACAGUGCUGGGACCUCAGUGCUGGAAACAUGAAAUGGAUCUACCAGAUUCCUAUCUUAGCAGCAAUUGUGGUGAACUUUUUCCUCUUCCUCAACAUUGUGAGAGUCCUUGCCUCAAAGCUAUGGGAGACAAAUGCGGGGAAUUUAGAUCCUCGCCAACAGUACAGGAAGCUACUGAAAUCCACCUUAGUCCUGAUGCCACUUUUUGGUGUCCACUACGUGGUAUUCAUGGCCAUGCCAUACACAGCCAUCUCCAGCAUCGUUUGGCAAAUACAGAUGCACUAUGAGAUGUUCUUCAAUUCUUUACAGGGCUUCUUUGUGGCUUUCAUUUACUGCUUUUGCAAUGGUGAGGUGCAGGCAGAGAUUAAGAAAGCUCAUUUCCGGAGAAAUCUGGUCCUGGACAUAAAGCAGAAAACUCGAGUCACCAGCACAGGAGGGAGCUACUACUAUGGAGGGCUUGUGUCCCAAGCCACCAACAGUGUCAAUCUGAGUAUAGCUAGCUGGGGGGUAGCCUCCGCAGCAACUGUAGCUAUGCCUCUAGGAGCCAAAAAUUGGCUGGUACAUUUAGCUCCCAGUGCUUCUGCAACAGAAUAUGCUCCUGGUUCCUUUGCUCUGGACAGAUCUCCAUGCCAAGAGAUGACACAGAAGGCUAUGGUGGAGAAUAUUAGGGUUUUGGGAGAUUGUAUAGACAUAAAGGGAAACUGCUCCAGCUUGAAUGAAGAAUUAGAGACCAUGCUAUAAAGAGAACCUGCAGAAGUGAUGUUAUUGGUGCACUAAAAUCAGAUCUCAGAGCUACCACCCAGUGAAUUUUUACUUUUCAGUGCUGAGCCAGUAUCAGAGGAUUAGAAAGCAUACACUCAACUAACAAAAUCUGUAGGAAAAGCAGCCUGGAGUAUUACCUUUCAAAUUGGUUAAUUGUAGAUUUUAGUCCUCCUGAAUCCAG